AUGCACAACGUCAAGAAGAAGCACCUGUCCGCGGAGCAAGCUGCGGCCAAGCGGCUCGAGAACGUCCAGCGCGCCGCCAGCUACUCCGCGCUCUCGCGCGCCGCCUUUGCGCGCCGCGCAGCCGGCCUCUGGGAUGCGGCGUCACUCGAGGCGGCCGCCAGGGUGCUCGAGGUGAACCCUGACAUGGCGCCGAUCUGGAACUUCCGGCGCGAGUGUCUGCAGUCCCUCCACGGCGCCUCGGUGCCGCCCGACGCCGCCGCCGAACCGGCAGGCGCCGUGCGGGCGGCUUGCGAGGCGGAGCUUGCGCUGACACAGGCGUGCCUCGGCGCGAACCCAAAGUCGUACCCGGUGUGGUACCAUCGCACCUGGGUGCUCACCUGGGGCGGCUGCGGCUGGGCCUACGCGCGCGAGCUCAAGCUGACCACCAAGCUCCUUAGCCUCGAUGAGCGGAACUUUCACUGCUGGACGCACCGCCGCUUUGUCGUGCAGCUGUCCAAGGUGACCGCCGAGGCGGAGCUGCGCUUCACCACCCAGAAGGUCGAGGCCAACUUCUCAAAUUACUCCGCGUGGCACUACCGGUCAAAGCUGCUGCCCGCGAUGCACGCGGCGGCCGACCCCGCCGCCACCGCCGCAGCGUCGGGGGCGCUGCGCGCUGCUCUACUGGCGGAGCUCGAGCUGCUGCGCAACGCCUUCUUCACGGCGCCCGAGGACCAGUCCGCCUGGUUCUACCACCGCUGGGUCCUCUCCCGCCUGCGGCCAACCGGCGGCGGCCUGCUGCGCGGCGAGGCGGAGGUGCUGCGCGAGCUGAGAGACGUCGAGCCGGACGCAAAGUGGCCCCUCGCGGCGCUCGCACACGCGCUCGCGCUGCUUGGCGAGGCGGGCGCUGCGACGGAGGCGGAGGCGGCCGAGCGGGAAGCGGCGCUCACCUCCCUCUGCGGGAUCGACCCCGCCCGCCGCCGGUACUACGAGGCAUCGCUGGCCGGCGGCGCCAGCGCGGAGCCAGAAGAGGCGGCGUGA